CUACUUCCUUCUAAAUCGGUUGAAAUUUGAUCGCCAGGUUGGAUUUUUAACAUAUGGUCAAAAACGUAGGUAGAAUGAUUAAUAUAAAUUAAAUGGAGCAGACGGCUGGCGUUCUUGUUUAUUUUUCUGGCAUACAAACGCUUCCAACCAAUCUCAACAUUUUGCCACAAUGUCACGUGACUGGUUUGGCGAAUCUCCUUGCGUCAUUUCACUUCCCUCCGUUGCUGUGCGUUAGGCCUAUUCAGUGUUUUGGCUGGUGCGUCUUGCUACGUCUGCCGCUGCCUGCUAUUGCGAAACUAGGUUCCAAAAUGUGCUUUGCGCUGGAUGUAGACAACAAGAACUGCUAGUCAUGGCGUUACCUAUUUGAAGCCUAUUUGGUUAGUUUCAUGAUCAGUACGAAAUACUUGUGUCAAGCGCCUGGUUCUCUCGUUUGUUUGGGGGUGACUUUCUCUAUCCAAAGAUGUCGAGUGAAGCAGAAACUGCCCAACAAUCUGCCGCAGCUGAUGGCUUAGACAGUGACAACUGUGCUACAUCAAAAAGUGAGCCAGUGCCCCCUCAAGGAGCAGCGCAUGAGAUGUCACGUUACCCUAUAUCAAAACAAGAUAGAGAAUCUCUGAGUAGUGUGAGCAGUGACUCUGGUGAUGUUUCCAAUGGCCACUGCUGCGACAUUGAAGAAGAAGGCAUAGUUGUCAUCCCCGAGUACAAUACUCCCAUUAUCGGCUACGAAGUCAUGGAAGAACGUGCAAGGUUUACAGUGUUCAAGAUCAGAGUGGAGCAUGUUGAAACUGGCCGCUACUGGUUUGUCUUCAGGCGGUACACUGAUUUUGCAAGGCUGAGCAAAAAGCUCAAACCACGAUUCCCUGGUCUGCAACUCUGCUUGCCUCCCAAGCGCUGGUUUGGAAACAAUUUUGAUCCCAUGUUUCUUGAGGACCGUGUACUAGGCCUCCAGGCAUUUGUCAAAAAUAUUAUGGGCCACAGAGAUAUAAGCAAGAGUCCACCGGUUAGAGAGUUCUUCUGCUUGGAUGAUCCUCCUGAGCCAUUAGACACCAUAGAAGAAAGCAGGGCAUUGUGUGAAAACUUGGAAGAGCAAGUGUACCGACUGAACCAGCAGUUGCGGGAACGUGAUGCCGAGAUAGAAGUGCUUCGUUCAGAGUUGGACUCUCUGCGGCUUCAACACGGGGUCCUUGUCAAGGCACUCAAGCUGGAGUGUUCUCUGGCGAGCUGGGCCAACGCACAGCUCUCGAGAGACCGGCCACAGCUGCCAUCAUCGCAUGCCUUUGGUCUGCACGCUCUCAACCUCACCCUGUCCUCCAUGGCUGAUGGUUCCAAGGAAAUGGCUGGCAAUCAGGAAGCAGCAAGUUGUCCCAUGACAUCUGAAACUGGUGGUGGAGAUGCUCGGUGAUCCUCACUAACAAGCCAAGAAUCUGCAAGGAAUGCACUAACUGUGCAAAUAAUCCUCAUGGGCUACUUUUUUUUUUAUUGUGCCCAAUUUCUGAAUCGACUACAUGCUGAAAACGAGGGACAGUCUUGGAAGUUAUGUUCCUAUGAUGUGUAACGCAACUGAGCUUAGUGCACAAGUAUUGAUGCUGAGCUUUUCAGCACAUGUUAUGCUGCUGCAUAUCACUGGUCAGGCAAUGGCCAUUUUUAACAUUGUUUAUUAAAGGCAUUCAUGUAAAAGUGAUAUCCUUGGCUUUUGAGCAGAUAUGAAGAUAAUGGUAUUGGUAUUUUUGGUGUCAGCUUGGGUAUGGUUCCAUCAGUAGCAGAAGAGCACACCUUUAGUGUCAACACGGGAGGCUUCUUUUAGCCUAUUGGAAAAAUGAAAGCAGCGUUACACCAUUGCCAGGAUGCAUUGCAUGACAUGUUUAUAAUGUGUCUGCUGCUUGUGUAUGCAUUGACUGCUCUUCUCAGGGGUACAUGAGUUGUUGUUUUUAUGUGUGCCUAGGAUAUUAAACUGUCAUUGGUGUUUCAUGGAGACUUUUCAUGACAUGCUGGAGUACUUUUACACAAGUGCAAUACCAAUGCCAUAUUGUUUUAUUUCUGACCCAGCUAUACCAUGUGUGGAAUUUUUGAAAUAUUGAAAUGGUGCACAAAAAAAAAAAAAGAAGUUGUACUUUGCAUGAUUGCAUGUUUUCUGAAGUACCAUGUGUACAAAAUUUGUGGUGCCCUCUAAUGUCUUGAACCACGGCUGCUGAAGCAGGUGGUUAAAACUUGAGAAUUGCUGUAUUCAUUCAUCGUGUUCAAAGUGGCUAAAGUGGCACUUUUUUAAUAACAUUCGGUGCUUCUGCUGUUCUGAAAUAACAUACAGAUGUGUACUUCAGCAGAUCCUAAGACCUUUAGAAAUGCUUCUACUCGUUUUGGACUGUAGCAUUGAAGAGGUUAUAGACAUUGUAAAAACAGAGCUAUAUAUGGAUAAAGGAGACCAUAUAUUUACCCAUGUUAUUUUUGUGUGUACAGUAUUUUGUGUUGUGCAGUAUCGAAUUGGUUCUGUCAACCCCCCCCCCCUCCCUGCUUUCACCCUUCAGAUGUGAUAUGAAGGAUUUAGGGGUUUUUUUUAUAUUUUUUUACUUAUUCUUUCUUCAUGUUUUCAUUACUUCUUAGCAUAAUACAUGGUGCCAACCAAAUGGUUAGUGAGUACUAUUAUUAGAUUGUUUGUUCUUCUCGGCUCAAUAAGGCACAGUUAUAUUAAAGCACAUUUAGCCAACAUACCAGGUGCUACACAAGAGAA